AUAUGUAGUCUCCCGUAAAACAUAAAGAUAAAGCUUGCUAUUACGUUUAAUUUGUAAAUCUAAAGUGUUUGGUCCCCGUACAUAUCAUAGUUUAAAAUAAUACGUCUUGCUUUGCGCUCAAUACCCGACUGUUUAUAUGUUUUUUUGACCCCCGCUGUGGUGUCUCGCCUCGUCGCUGUCGCGCUGUGUUUAUCGAUUUCACUAAAGCUGUAUAAAUAACAGGCAACAAACUGCAUACGCACUCGCGUAGAUAAUGGAAGUGUCGUCCGAUCCGUAUGAGCAGAAACUGUAUCAAAUGUUCCAGAGCUGCGAGACGCAGCGUGGCCUGCUCGACGAGAAUUCGCUCUCACGAUUGUGUAAGCUAUUGGAGCUACGCGACCAGGGCUCGGCUCUGAUAUCUAGCCUGUCUGCCGAUGGUAGUCCUAAGCUUGGCGUUUCCUUCGAACAGUUCAAGGAGGCCUUGCUGAACUUUCUAGGCACCGAAUUCGACAGCGGAUCAACGUCGAAGACGGCGUUAGGGUCAACAGGAUUCAGAGAGCGCUCCUUGGUCAUCAGCGACGAACCGCUCCCCAGCACAUACAUCGAAAGUCCGCCCGAGUCAUCCGAUCGUGAGGUGUCGCCCAAGCUAAUUGUGGGCGCCAAGAAAUAUGGAAGGCGUUCACGGCCGCACCAAGGACUCUACGAGCUCUCGGUUACGGAUUCGGACAACACAGAUGAGGAUCAGCAGCAACGCAGCUUAAAUGGGUGCGAUGAGCAGGGCGUGCAAGUUCAUCGCUCCGCCUCCCAAACGGAUCUCCCUGGCAGCAGACGCUUGCGCUCCGGCCACUCAAGCGGAAGCAAGCUCAAACGUUGCGCUUCCUUGCCAGCGCGAAAAAAUCUGCAGUCGAAAAUGCAAGCGUCCAAGACAGCAACAAUGCUGGCGAUAACCACCAAUACGACAACGACGGAACCAUCGACACAAUUGACAUCAUCAAUGUCAACAACAACGAAAGGUAAUGCUCAGGGCUCCAUGCUGCCACUUAAGCAGCAGGCGGCGCAGGAGCAAAGUAGCAGCGUUGAGUCAUUAGGCCAUCACCUGCCAACACGGCAAGAGCACUACAGCGCCGGAUGUUACUACGGCGGUCGUUUGUGUUGCAAAGACAUUGUGACGCCGCAACAACUAGAAACUUUUAGCGCACACACCAUCACCGAAAUCUGGGAGAUGGCCAGCAUUGUAAACGGCCAUGCGCUGUUGCAUACGCUCGGCUUCGACGAGGAGCAGGUGAAUCUAAUACAGUUGACCAAAGUACUGGAGGAGGAGUUGCGGGGCUUAGAGCAUGACCCGCACUCUAAUAUGCUGCGUGCGCUCGUCGCACUGCAAUCCGCGGAAUUGGGUUCACUACGACAAGCUUUUCGGCAGCAGCACGCAGAGAACAUGAAGCUACGUGCCGACAACAAGGCAGCCAAUCAGCGUGUGGCGCUGUUGGCUGUGGAAAUCGACGAACGGCAUGCCACGCUUGAGGAUAAUUGCAAGCAGCAGAUCCAGCAGCUGGAACAGCGGCAUGCCAAUGUCAUCCGUGAGCUGACUGUGCGCAUGAGCAACGAUCGCGAUAACUGGACGAAUAUGACUUCACGUCUGGAGGCACAGAUCAAGCAACUGGAGCAGGAUGAGAUCAGACUGAAGACGGACCUCGAGCUAGUACGCAAUGAGAAUGCAGAGCUGGAGACAGAGCACCAGAAGGCGCAGCUGCAAAUAACGGACCUACUUGAAAAGAACAUCAAACUGAACACAGAUCUGGCCACUUGUGAUGUGUUGCGUCCAAGCAGCAGUGGCGAUAACGAGUCCAGUGCACAUGCCAGCGCAAUGACCAGCGCGGACAAGACCACAGAGGAUGAGAUAUUGCAGCUAAUGGAGAAAUUGGCCGCUCUACAAAUGGAGAAUGCACAGCUGCGCGAUAAGACUGAUGAGCUAACCAUGGAGAUUGAAAAUUUGCAUGUGGAACUGGCGCGCGCCAAGGUGAGAAGCAAGAAGCAGGCAACGGCCACUCUGAGUGGGGAUGAGCUGGAAACAUCCUUCAGUGCUUCGGCAACCAAGCGAAGAGGCGACUCGCCUAGUAAAACGCACCUAACCGAAAGCAAGCAACGCAAAUGUGCGGAUGAGUCGGGCGCCAGUGAAGUGAGCGACAACAGUGGCGAAUGGUUGGCACUGAAUUCGGAGAUGCAGCGUUCCAAGAGCCACGAUGAAGAGCUGAACAGUCUAAAGCAACGCAUUGCCGAACUAGAAGAAAAACUUAAGUUGGCCCAGCAGCCAGAUGAAGCGAAGGCUACAGCGAAUAGUGACAGUCGGGCCAGCUCCCCAGAGACACGAUGCAAGGAGCUGGAGGCGAGUCUGGAGCAAAUGCAGCGUGCCUACGAGGACUGCGAGGACUACUGGCAGUCCAAGCUAAGCGAGGAACGCCAAAUCUACGAAGAUGAGCAGCUGGAGAGCGACAAGAAGUUCACCGAGCUCAUGGAGAAGGUGCGCGAAUAUGAGGAGCAAUUCAGUAAGGACGGCCGACUAUCGCCAAUCGAUGAGCGCGACAUGCUCGAACAGCAAUACAUUGAACUGGAGGGCGAGGCUGCUGAGCUCCGGGAAAACUCCAUACGCAUGCUUGAGGAGAAGUCACAGCAAAUAAAUGCGCUGCAGCUGGAGAUUGAGGAUCUGCGCACCCGUUUGGGCGAGAGCGUUGAAAUCCUUACGGGCGCCUGUCAAUUAAACAAUGAGGCGCUGGGCCAGCUUAAUGCAACAGACGCUGGCCAGAGUCCAGCUAGUUCGCCCAUCAGUUAUCUGUGGCAUCAGAGCACUAUUCAGGAACCAGUCAAAUCCUUUGGCGGAGCAGCUGAGGAACCGACGGCUAUCGCGUUGCUUGGCGACUCACCGUCCCAUAAGGCUGCCAGUCGCAUUAAUUUGACCACUUCGGAAACUUCCAUAUUCAGCACCACACCCUUCGAUAGCACAUCUUCAGGCCCUUCACCCACGACCAGUGGAAAAGGCCGCAAUUCGCCAGCAGGCGCCAUGGCGCCCAUUAGCAAACCAGCUCGCGGUAAAAGUCCAACAGAAGGCGAUAUAGCUGAUUGCGAAACCUCAUCGACGGCGUCUAACAAGAGCUUCGACACGCACAGUGUGGUCUCCACCACUAAAACUUCUUGCCUCAGCCACGAGAAAUGUCACAGUCCAAGCCUUUUGAAGGAGGAACUGAAACGCCUCAAGUUCUUUGAGUUGUCUCUACGUGAACAAAUUAAAGAUUUGAGCCUGCAACGUGACGGUUUAGUAAUGGAACUGCAACAGUUGCAGGAAGCGCGACCUGUGCUCGAAAAGGCCUAUGCGCGCACCACACAUCCGACUCUGCAGCAGCGAUUGAAUCAACUGGAGUUACGCAAUCGUCAUCUGCAAAACGUGGUGAAGCAGCAACAGCAAUACACCGAGUCCCUGAUGCAGCAAUCUUGGCGUCAGCAUCAAGUGGAGCUCAACGAUUUGCAUGGUCGCAUCGAAGCGCAAACAGUAAUGCUUGCCGAUCAGACGCAACGUCUGCAGAAUGCCGAUGUCCUUGUCAAAGAUCUGUAUGUGGAGAACUCGCAUUUGACGGCCACUGUGCAGCGUCUGGAGCAGCAGCGAGCCCGCGUCAAUCUAAUACACCAGCAACAGCAGCAGCAGCAGCAACAACAGCAGCAGCGUAUUGUUGGAGCCGCCUUGAGUGGCCUACCAGGCAUGCCUUAGAUAUGCAACAGCAACCACUAAUCGAACUAAACCCAUAACUAUACCAAUACAUAUAGACCUACUCAAUUUCAAUUUUAGUCGUAGUUGCUGGCGCAUUGAAGUUGCAACCAUCGACAGACAAUCCAUUGUUGAUGACGCAACAACGUUAUAUGUUAUUAUUAUUAUUAUUAUGUGUAGAAAAUAUACAUAUUUAUGAUGUAUGUAUUCCAAUUGAUAUAUACUAUACAUAUA